CAUCUGUCUCUGUCUCAUCUUUGCAGCGAAAUGGACAAAUUUAAAACUAUCCUCAACAUCGCCAACAAGCAGAGCAGCCUCAGCUUUGGCCUGGUGGCUUUACUCACUGCAGGAGGAGAACAGAUUUUCUCAAAUGUGGUUUUCAAAUGCCCUUGUAACCAACUCAACUUCAUGUAUGGCUUGGUGUUUUUGCUUGUUCCUGCUUUGGCGUUGACCAUUCUGGGUUUCAUUAUGUCUGUGAAAACAUGGAAACUGGUAACAGGUUUGUGUCACAAAAGCUGUAAAGUGUGCAGCAACUGGAGCAGAGUUAAGUCUCUGGGAAACGUGCUGUUUCAGAUUAUGACUUUUGCUUUUCUGGCUCCAAGCACCUGGAUUGCAGUGGCUUUUCUGAACGGGACGUUCAUAGAGUGUGCCAUGACAGGGACCAAUGUGACGCUGUUUAAUCAUCACCUGUGUAAAGGGAGCAGGAGGGAGUUGGACUGUCUGAAGGAACUGCAAACCUUCCCCUGUGGAAAUGAUGGAGGAGUACCUGAAGAUGUGAGGAAGGAGGUGCUCCUGACGCUCAAAGCAGAGUCACAGAUUGUGGGUUGGCUGCUGAUUGGGUCGAUCUUCCUCUCUCAUUUGGCGGUCACAUGUCUGGCUCGUUGCUGGUCUCCGGUCGGUUACCACCAGUUAAAGUUCUGGAGGUUUUACACCCAAGAGGAGAACUCUGCCUUAAACUCGUACACAGAAAAACACGCCCGGGAACUGGCCAAUCGGAACGUUGAAAGCUUCUUCACCAGCACCAAACCAGACGAUCUCCACACGCCCUCGAUCCAGGAGUGGAAAAGGGUCUCAUCCCUCUACAUUCAGCGCAGCAGAGCAGGGGGGCAGCACUACAGCCCGCUGCACGGUUUCGUUGAGACUCGGAAAGAGACAGAGGCCGCUCUAAUGAGGGACAUGUCAAUCAAGUCCACACAGUCCGUCCACCCCAUGCCGGCAGCGCUGGGGUUCGAGAGUGAAGGUCAAGUCUGAAAGGGAACAGUCAAAUACCAAUUUUUACCAGUUUUUACCAGUCUGGGUUCAGUCCUGGUUUAAUCCUGGUUUAGUCCAAGGUCCAGAUGGGCGGGGUCAGGAGAGUGAGAGGGAGAGAAGGACACAUGUAUGUACACACGUCUCUGUACACAUAUAUGUACAAAUGUACGUACACACAUACAUGUACACAUGUAUGUGCACAUGUAUGUAGUUCAGACUCAUUUAUCUUUGUUUCACUGGAACCUAGACGGCUGAUAUAUCACUGACUCAAAUUUGAAUAAUUCAGAACCAGAACUAAACCAGAGCUAAACCAGAGCUAAACCAGGACUAAACCAGGACUAAACCAGGACUAAACCAGGACUAAACCAGGGUUCAUUUAUAAAACACUUGCUGUGAAUGUGUAAUGGAUUGCACUGAUUAGCAGGGACUCAUCUGUGUGUCAGGGCAGCUGAGGCAGCUGUUCUACCCUGCGGCC